AUGUUUAAUGGCCCCCAUGGGCCACGUGUUGCCAUGGACGAGUACGAGAGUAUUCUGAUGGUAGCUACCGGCUUUGGUAUCGCCGCCCACUUACCCCACCUGAAAAGACUGAUCUAUGGCUAUAAUGCUCGCAUAGUCCGAGCUCGCCGGAUCCAUCUCGUCUGGCAGAUCCGGGAUAAAGCCGACGGCCUCGCAGCUCAGUCAAUGCUGAACAGCGUAUUGGACGAGGACAAGUACAUUCUCGAGGUCUCAGUCUACCUCGAAUACAGCGAUUCUCCGAAGUUUCCAUUUGGUAACCGUGCUACUGCGUAUCCGGGAUCCGCGCCGUUGCUCGAGAUAUUUCUAGCAGAGGUCUCGGGGAAGUACAUAAAGAGACCACGGAUAGAAUGCGCCGAUAAUAGUAAGGCGUUGGGAAAAUGGGAGCCGGAAGCCCCCAGACCGGACAGAGAUCUAGAGUCUGCGGACUCGGAGGAGGCGGCGAGACACGAGAAGAUGCUCGUUACAGUAUCUGGUUCGGACAAAAUCCGGGAUGAAUUGCGGAUGAUCGUACGUAAGUAUCUCCAGGUCGGAGUCAGCUUGAUAGAACUUGAAUACCAGCCGGAGUAA